AUGGCGACAAUGAACGAGUGCGCGAUAGAUGAGGGGCGUGCGGUCUCGAUUGCUCAGUGCGCUGCUGCUGCUGGUCGGUCCCCAACUGCCCUCGCGCUGGAAGAGCGGAGGUUGCUCUGCCAGUGGGGGAGCAUCGCCAGUCGAGCACUUCUUCUUGUGCUUCUUCGAGGUGAUUCGGCUGCAUUGCGCCCUGGUGUGCAGGGAGUGGCGUGGAGCUUGAUGGCAGGCCACUCGUUCCCCCGAGCUCCAUCAGCUCUCUUCUGA